GGGUGACAGAGCAAGACUCCGUCUCAAAAAAAAAAAAAGUGUCUAAUACUGCCAGGUGCACUGGUGCAGUGUCUCUCACCUGUAGUCCCAACUACUACGUGGGAGGCUCAGGUGAGACAAUUGCUUGAGCCCAGGGGUUCCAGGUUGUAGUGCAUUAUGAUCACACCUGUGAAUAACCACUGCAUUCCAGGUUAGGCAACAUAGGGUGACCCAAUCUCUAAAAAUAAAAUGUAUCAAAUACAACUGAGGAACUGAAUUUUAAAUUAACUUUAGCCACAGUUGGUUAGUGACUAUUGUAUUGGACAGCACAAAUCUAGAAACUUAUUUUUUAAAAAAAUUAAACUAUCAAACCAAAACCUAGGCUGCAGUUAAGGGAAAGAGUAAAUAUUGUAGAACCAGGUGUGCCUUUUCAGCAAUUACUUUUCUAACACUUGAGAAAAUACAGUUAUGAACUGGAUUUAGAGCUGCGCUGCUGGGAUGAGGACCACCACAUCAGCAGCACGUGGGUGCUUACCAGAAAUUCUAAUUAUCCUCCACGCCUUACUCACUGAAUCCUAAUACCCGGUUUCGAGGCUCAAAAAUGAUUUUAAAAGCCCUGUGGGUUAUGAUGUAUGCUACUGUUUAAGAACUACUGCUGUAAAGUGCUGAACACAAGGUCCCUCCCUUCUAGGAAUUUCUGAUCAAAGAUUGCUAGAAUAUAAACUCCCUGAGAAAAGAGGCUUUGCCUUCAUCUCUCAGCAUCCGACACUGGUUAAAGCAGUAAGAAGAGGUCAAUAAAGAUUUGCUAUUAGAUUGCCAUUCUCCACCAUCCUGAAGUAAUGCUAUUCAUCUACAUUACCUCAAGGUGAGGUAAAAUAUCCUAAAGAGCAUAGCCCUAAACACGAUCUAGAACAAAAUCUGAAAAACGUAGUUUGGUGUUUUCCUUUGUUUUGGCCAAAAGCAUUAUAUAUGUCUGUGUCUGUGUGUAUGUGUGUGCGUUGCCAUUUUCUUGAUAAUUUAAAGGAAAGCAAAUAAUUUGAAUAAAAGUUUCUUGUAGCUAAAAGGGGAAUGAAACAGCCGUAGGCUGUGGCCGUAAACCUUAUGAGGGUAAGAUAGGAGGAGUAGGUUAAAGGAUUUAACUCUCUGGAAUGCGGUUUGAAAAGAGAAAGGGAUCUGGAGCGGACGAGAAUCCUCCCCGGGCGGCGCCCUCACUUGACAUCACACGGGACGAACCCUAAAACCUGACUUGUCUGAAAUUCAAAUUUAGGAGAACUGUACUUUUACUUGCAAAAUCUGGCAACUCAGGGUUCGGCCCUCCCAAACCCUCGGCGGAUCGCGACGCGCCUGGGUCAAAGGGGACCCCAAAUCCUCGGCUGAUCGCGGCCCGCCGGGGUCAAAUUCCAGCGCCCAGCCUCGCCGCGCCCAGCCGGCCCAGGAAUGCGGAAGGGCCGCGGAGCUGCCGCGGGGAGCGGGUGGCGAGGGCUGGGCUGCGGGCGACCGCCGCGGCGCAGGCAGCUAUACCGCAGCAGGUCGGAGCAGGCCGGAGGGGCAGCUAAGACCCCGGCCGUGUCCGACCGGUGCCAGCAGCCCCGCCUCUCUGCGAACACGCAGACUCUGCCAGCCCGGGCGCGAAUAGCCGGCGCACCCCCGUUCCAGUUGGUCUCGCCGCGCCUUCCGGUGCGCCUUCCGCUCCGCCCCUCCAGGCAGGAAGUGCCGGCGCCGCCACUGUCCGGCCGCAGCCCUGUGCUCUUAGCUGUUGCUCGUCGUCUCGCGCAAGGCGGCCUCAGUUCUGGUGUUUGGCGCCGGGCUGAGGUUAGGGGCACCAUCACAGUUUACUCUCCUCGACCUCCCAGGCUCAAAUGAUCCUCCCACCCCAAC